CUGAACGAUAAUUUUUUGUUUAAGCACCAAUCAGAUUUAAUUAAGAAUCACAAUAUGAAUGGGACACCGCCCAAGUUAACUUUUGAAAUAACAAAAUCAUCGGAAAUUACUAAAUUGAUUUCAGAUGGCAUCCGCGCUGCUGAGGCUCUCGAGGAUAGCAUACUGAGGCAGAAGCAUCAACAACAGCAAAAGAAGGCGUCCGCCGAUCUAGGGUCCAACACACUGCCAGCAGUCAAUAGUAAUUCGAAAUUAGCCAGUAGUGGUAGUGCCAGCGCCCCCUCGUACAACAAUGCACUGGGACCGCCUCAUCAACAGCCAGCCAUUUCGACCGCUCAACCAGAGACCUUACAUGGCGAAACUAAUUUACAUGCACUAUUAAACUCAUUACACCCACAAUCUCAAUCAUCCUCAUUAGCACCGCCACCAACAUCAUCACCGCCAUCAUCAUCAUCGUCAUCCAUAAGUAAACGUCCAUUAGCACCUGCACUUUUGGCCUCCCCCUCGCACAUACAGCACACACCACACUUACAUAUGCCCCACUAUAUAGCCGCCGCGGCGGUGGCCACACACAAUGUAAGCGGUAAUCUGCCUUUAACGGGGCCCCAAAAGACCAUAGGACUGUCGGAGUUCUUGAGGCCACCGUUUAAUGCACCCCUCUUUCACCCGGUAAAGUUACCGGGACAGCGACCCUUUCCGGGCCCCUUGAAAAAAGUGCACUCCUCCAAGCCCAUAUUGCCACAGCAUUUGCCCAGACAUCCUCCGGGUGGAGGGGGUUUGGGCAAUGGCCCCCUGCCUCAGCCUUCGGUUAUUGUGAAUCAUUACCGCAAGCCCAUGCCUAGUAUUUUGAGGCCCUUCUUCAAGGAUACCCAUCUGCCUUUGCAACCUUUGGCAGCAUCGGUGCUAUUGCUGGGACAACCCACUGAGCUGAACAAUCAUCGUAAAACCGAGUCACAUUUGCAUUCGCAUUCCAAGAAACCCAUCAUACCGGUACCCUAUGCAGAUCUAACACCCCAGAGCUCACUGCAAAAGCAGGUGUUGAAUCAAAUCCAUGGAGAAAAGCUGAAGACACCCAAUCAGCAACACAUAAUUCCACCACAUGUCUUGGCAACAGAAAAGGUUAAUCCUUACGAAAAGCCCUUAUCCACUUUAGCUACAGUGACUCCAACAUCUGGCCCGAGUGUGGGAGGGGGUGUAUUUAAAAACCCCUUUGAUGUUCAUGAAAUCGAGAAUGAGCCUUCACCUGCCGAUAUAGCCGCCAUGAAGCCAGCCAUCAAUGAGGGUUUCAAACCCGACACUGUGGUGGUGGAGAAUGGUUUUAAGCCCAUACUCCGACUUGAUGGACCCAUGCCCCCCCCAGAGGUGGUGGAACAAAUGGCAAACCGUCGCGAAGAUCCUGGCCUAGAAAUAGAUGAAGCUAUGGAAUCUGAUACUCUCUUCUUGACGGCACAUGUACAGCAGACUCAGACACAGAACUUUGAACCCAUGUUUAUACCCUCUCCUCCGGAUAGCACAAAUGCUAGCAUAAUCAUAAGAAAAUCUUCGGGAGUUCAAUCACACUCGGCACAUAACAGUGGAAUUUCUGCAGCUGCCAAAGAUCCCAUGUAUAGUCAGCCCAUUAGCUCCAUGUUAAAAUCAGCAUCUAUGCCUGAGGCGGCUGAACUAAGAAAUGCCACUUUGCAGGAUAUUCUAAAUGAAGCAUCCGAUGAACAGGAGGUGGAAGAGCCCGAAAGAGAACCCAUAGACAAUAAAAUUGAGGAUAAGCCAAAGCCCACGCAUCAUAAACUAAUGGCAACUCCUGUAUUAGAGGAAAAUAUGGAGAUGGAAGAGAAGAUUUCACCAGAAUACUUAAAAGGCAUUAAGCAAUCUCAGCAGUCAGAAGAGUUAGAGGAGGAAGAUAUAGAGCAGCAUAAUGAAGAGCAGCAGCAAGCCCAUUUUCUUAAAUACUCUGAGAAAGAGGACAUACUCAAGGUAAUACCCCAAGACACCACUAAAUCCGAUAUGAAAUCCUCCAGUCCCUCCAUCACCACGUCCACUCUCAAGCCGUUGCCUAAUAAACUGAAAAAAUAUGAUAAUCAACAACUAGACGAUAUCGAAAUGGACGAUGGUGAAGAUAUGGAAGAAGAAAUCUCAGAUCUUUUUGACAUGGAGCAAGAGGAACACUAUAGCUCAGAACCUGAGGCCCAGGCAGCCGAACGCAUUGAAACGUAUUAUUUGCCGCCCGAUAAUCGUCAAAUCCCCUCUGCCAGUGAUGCGGCCAGUGGCAGUGGCACCGUCAUUGCCUAUGAUGGCAAAUCGGUAAUGGACAGCUCUUUGGUGCUACCCCCAAAAUUGGAUUCCGAAAUAGAAGAUGAAGAUCAAAACAGAUCAUCGGCCCGUUUCUUUGGUCGCAAUACCCAGAGUAUCUCCAAAUUGGAGCAGCUUAUAAGAAGUACACCACAAUUUGUACCAUUUCGUGGCGAAAUCCCACCGCUAAACCCAGACUCAGUGCCAGCUGUUUCGGUGCAGCCCAUAACUUCGGCAUCCGGCUCACGACCCAGUUCUACUAAAUUGCAAAUAAUUCAUAAUAAAUCAUAGAUCACAUCACAAUAACUCACAAAACAUUCGAAUGGCACAUUAAACAUAACCCCAAAUCACCACCACAAGAGGCAUUAGUUUCGAUUUUUUUUUUUUUGUUUUUACCCAUUUCUCUUCUUUCCAAUUUUAGUUUUUUUUUAGGACCAACCCAACGCUUUAGCACUACUCUGCCCUCAAUUUGAUACCACGUAGUAGUGAUCAUUGCUGCAUUAGUUACUUACUUGCCAUCAUCAAUGGAAGAACAUCUCAAUGUUUCUUCUUCCUUCAGAUUAGUGCAUCAACUCUUAAUUCUCAAAUUAGUUUGAUUAACACCCCCAAUUCAUCGUAGUAAAGAACAAAACAACAACAAAUACUAAUUAUUUUAACCAUAUGUAAUUUUGUAUAUUUAGCAUUAAGUUAUAGAAAUUCUUUGCCACUUCCUUCCUUUUUUUUUAUUUUAUUUCAUUUUUUUUUUUUUUUGAUUUAUUUUGACAAAAGCAUUCUGCAUGAGAGUUAUUAUUUUUUUACUUAGGAAAAUAUUUUACACAUGUAAGAAUGUGUGUAUGUAUGAAUUCUCACGCAUGCAUGCAUAUGAAACGCGUAUAUCAUUUUAUAUUAUAU